UGUAGCCUUUCGACCGAUUGCAUCACAUGAAACACUGACAGCAGAUAUUCGACUUGGAUCCCGUUGUAGGCAGUUAGACAUCAGACAUUUCGCGUGGAUCUUUUAAGGAACGCAAUCAGACAGCAUAACUAUGCCUUGGAUGCUACUGAAGACAAUCUGAACACAGACAUUUUGCCUUGAAUCCCGCUGUGGACAAGACAAUCUGUACACAGAUAUUUUGCCUUGAAUGCCGCUGUGGACACUCUGACAGUAGAUGUACGCUUUGUAUCCUAAUGAAGACAGUCAGACAACAGACAUCUGCCGCAGUUCCUGUUAAACACAAUCAGUCAGAAGUGUGGCUUGGAUCCUACUGAAGACCACCUAAACACAGACAUUUGCAUUGAAUCCCGCUGUAGACAUUCUCAAUGCUAACAUACGCAUUGGUGCUUUUGAAAGAAGACAAACUUUAGACAUUCUCCUCGACAUUACCAAACACAUACAAUAGAAGUCUUGGGGGUAGUGUUACGGCAUCAACCAGCAGAGUUAAAACAAUGGCCAAGCAUUACUUCCACGUCGGAGACUUUAUCGUCUUCGGACUGACCGUCGUCAUAUCGAUAGCCAUUGGGAUUUACUACGCUCUCUCCGGCGGGAGGCAGAAAACUACUGCAGGUAAGAGCGCGUGGGUGUCGUCAUUUGACACGUUAUGCAUUCUAAAUAUCUAAAAUUACCUAAGGUCUAAGUGCAUCAUAAUACCUUUUGGUGUCAGCAUGGGGAAGCAACUCUCAUUUGAGACCGUGGUGCUCAUCGAUUUUUAGUUUUAUUCACGUACUCAGUCAACUUUAAAAAAAAAAAGAAAAUAAUAUUGCAUAAUUAAAUUAUCAAAACUUAUCGCAGGCUGGACAUUGGUGGAAUACUCACCUGCCACGCUAGUGACUUGUGCUCGAAUCAAUUAAGAGCGAAUGUCUCCUCCGUGCCUAUGAUCCGUUUCCCCCCGCAUCCCUUGAACUGCCACCCUAACCCCAAACAGUAUCUUUAAAAAAAAAGAAAGAUGUUUUAGCCUUUCAUUAUGAAAAAUGAUUAUAUUGUGAUCUUAUAGUGAUUCUAUGUUGAUUUUAUAAUGAUUAUAUAGUUAUAUUGUGAUUAUAAAACACGUAAAAAAGAUUAAAGUGCAGUUUACAUAUAUUUUUCAGAAAAAUAAUUUCUUUCUUCCAAUUUGUAAAGAUAUAAAAAGUUUAUUGUAUAACAUAACGCAACCGUAUAGUGUCACACUUUUUGGUUAAAAUUUCAUCCGUUUUCAUGACGUAACAUUCUUCCUCUUGGCAGAAUUCCUGGUGGGCGGUCGCACCAUGAGCUUUCUGCCCGUGGCCGUGUCCCUGCUGGUCAGCUUCGAGUCGUCCAUCAUGAUGCUGGGCCUGCCGGCCGAGACGUACGUCUACGGCAUCCAGUACCUGAUGGGCUCCGUGGGGCUGGUCACCGCCAUGCUCCUCAAUGUCCACAUCGUGGUCCCGAUGCUGCACCCGCUCAAGAUCACCAGCGCCUACGAGGUGCCCCCCGGGGGUGGGGGAUCGGUGGUCACGGGAGGGGGGCGGGGGGAGGGGGUGUUAAUUAAUCAUCUGAGAAGUGAACGUCUUUUCGUGUGUGUGUAAUUGUAUGUGUGUGUUUAUGUGUCUUUGUGUGCGCGUGUGUGUGUGUGUGUUUGUGUGUUUGUGUGUGUGUGUGCAUGUGUGUAUUCGUAUGUGUGUGUUUGUGUGUGUACGGGCGCGUGUGUUAGUGUAUGCAUGUGCGUGUUAUAAAUUUGAAAGGACUAAGUAAGCAGGCGUCGGUUAGACCAACACCAAUGUUCAUUAGCAGACGUCAUAAACAAUUCAGUGUGUCUUUAGAUGCGGACGUUUAGAGUAGCACAGUGGGCAGUGAUUCUCAAUUAGACCACCACUUAUGUACUUAUGUUUACGGCUAACUGUUAUGUCUACAGUACCUAGAGCUUCGAUUCCAGUCCAGGGCGGUUCGAUACCUUGGGACUAUCAUGGGCAUGCUGACUUACGUAAGUACAUACAUCGAUACUGUCAAUCUUAACGCUCAUCGACAUGUGAGAGCGAUACCUUAAGGUAGCUUAAGAUACUGGCUAAUUGAAAAUAAUCAGCAUUUGGGGGAGGGGGAGGUGCGGUUUGCUGUAGUAAAGCCGUGUGGGGCCGUCCAUAAAGUACGUCACGCUAUUUUCUCCUCACAUUUUUACCCUCCCCCCCCCCCAACCUUUUUUUCCCAAUCAGUCACAAAUCUGAGACAACCCCCUUCCCACAUUAGUUCACACUCUCUAACUAUAACGAUUGUUUAGAAAAAAAAAUGCUAAUUAAAAUAUUUUCCCCUCACAUUUUUUCCCCCCCCCCCCCCCAACCUUUUUUUCCCAAUCAGUCACAAAUCUGAGACAACCCCCUUCCCACAUUAGUUCACACUCUCUAACUAUAACGAUUGUUUAGAAAAAAAAAUGCUAAUUAAAAUUUAAUCUAAAAAAAAUUAAUAAAAAACACUUUUAAACAAUUAAAUUUAUAAAAUUGACAUCUUCUGUCAGAAUACACCCAUCACAACAGAAAGUUCAACAACAUGUCAGUUUCGUGUAUGCUUAAAAGUAUAAUGGUGUGGUAAAACUGCAUCACGUCUACAUCUCCAGGUUAACGAUUUUCAAUACUUCCGUGUCACGUGUGCUCUUCCUGGGCCCCAUGUUUUUUUUUACCAAAGCCAACCGUUAAAUUGUUGUUAAAUUAUAUUUUAUUCCAUUGGCAGACGUGGUACAUGGGUAUUGUACUCUUUGGACCGGCAGUAGCUUUAGAAGCAGGUGAGUCGAAAACGUCUUCUAUCUUUUUAAUAAUAAAAUUAAUGCGCUUUAACUUUCCACUAUUUCUUUGGUACUUUGUAAUAUUGGGGUGAUUGUAGUGUCAAAAAACAACAACAACAACAGCAGAGCGAUAUUACUUAAGUGUGCAAGUGUCUUCCUAAAAUGCACAUUUAUACACGUAAGCCAUGUUUCUUUGAAUAAUUGCUGUUUUUUUUUUAAUUAAGCUGGUUCACUUUAUUUUUAGACUAUAAUAGUUUUUUGUUUUAAAAAAAAAAAACAACUUUCGGCCAAAUUGUCGUAAUGAUCAUUAUAUUUUAUUCGCCAUUUUUCCAGUGACCGACUUCCCGCUGUGGAGCUCUAUAUUUGUCAUCUCCUUCGUUUCUGUCAUAUACACGUCCAUAGUAAGUAUGAUGGGCAGGCAGUGGGGGUGGGGGAUGGUAUGAAUAGUGAUGGUGUUGGGUCGAUAACGGUAGGAACCCUUGAUAGUUGGUUGGGGGGUGGGGAGGUCCAUUAAAGCAGGAACCAAUGAUAGUGGGCACUGACAUUAGGGGGGCUUUGACAGUGGGGAGAAAUGGCAGUGCGGGAUUGUGGUCAUGGGGACAUAUGACAGUGGGGGUUGUGACAGAGGGGGAAUGUGACGGGGAGCUCUGACAGGGGGGGGGUGUCUUAAAAUGUUUUGGCGGAUACAUCCCACUAUGUAGUAAUAACAAGUGGCAUACUUUAUCCAGUUAUAAAAAGUGACAUAUUUUAUCCAGUUAUAAAUAAACAAUGGCGUACUUGAUCCAGUUAUAAACAAAGGCGUACUUUAUCCAGGGUGGGCUGAAGGCUGUUGUGUGGACGGAUGUUUUCCAGGCAGUCAUCAUGCUUGCUGGUGUUUUGGCGAUACUCAUCAAGGUAUUUAUGUUUGGGCGAUACUCAUCAAGGUAUUUAUGUUUGGCGAUACUCAUCAAGGUAUUUAUGUUUUGGCGAUACUCAUCAAGGUAUUUAUGUUUUGGCUGUAUAUAUAUAUAUAUAUAUAUUCCGAUAAUUUAUUUUGUAUGCGCUCAACUUAUUUAACUAUUAUUAACUAAAGCAGGCCUGCACAACUCAGAACGUUCCAAACACACUAAACGUUUUUAGUGCAGCUUCGCAAAGAUUUUUCUACUCCCCACGGUCCAGAUUUUAUGAAGAAAACAUGUAGUGCAUAUUUACACAACCGUAAAGAUUUAGUAAUUUAAUUUGAUUUAAUAAUAUUUUUUUUUUUUAAAUUUCAAUUAUACGUCGGGGAAAAUCCCCCGAAAUUGUACAUUUAUUAAUUAUUUAAAAAUGAAAUACGUUUUUUAAAAUCAUUUUUCUGUGUAUGUAGUUUUUGAGAUAUUAUAAAUCGACAAGCUAGGGAAUACUAUUUUUAAUUUACAAUAUUAUGAAUUUUUCACCAAAGUCUUCGGGGGCCGCAAAGUGGGUGCUAGCGGGCUGCAUGCGGCCCGCGGGCCGUGUGUUGCGCAGACCUGAACAUAGUUUCUGCUUUCUUGUCUUCAGUGUGAACCAAUUUUAUAGACGCAUCAUGACCGGCGACCCCAUAACAAUUAAAAAAAAAAGAAAGAAAGAAAGAAAACGGUACGAGAGAACAGAUCGGAGAUGUGUUAUGGACUUAUUAUAGUACACAUUGCUGGUCAUCCACUGCAUCCUGGCGUGUUCCAGUCGUCUUGACUUAGGCUUGCCAUUGGAAAAAAUAGGCAAGGACGAGACAGUGAGGCUGCAGAAUGGAGCAACUCCACCCUCACUUUAAACAAAAUGCAACACAACUCAGGCUGCUCCCUAGUCAUUGCCCAAGUCAGGCUGCUUGUCAAGCCAUUUCCCAAGUCAGGCUGCUUGUCAAGUCAUUUCCCAAGUCAGGCUGCUUCUCAAGUCAUUGCCCAAGUCAUCCUGCUACUCAAUCCAUUUCCCAAGUCAGGCUGCUUCUCAAGUCAUUUCCCAAGUCAGCCUGCUACUCAAUCCAUUUCCCAAGUCUGGCUGCUAAUCAAACCAUUUCCCAAGUCAGGCUGCUACUCAAGUCAUUUCCCAAGUCAGCCUGCUACUCAAGCCAGUUCCCAAGUCUGGCUGCUACUCAAUCCAUUUCCCAAGUCAGGCUGCUCAAGUCAUUGCCCAAGUCAGCCUGCUACUCAAUCCAUUUCCCAAGUCAGGCUGCUUCUCAAGUCAUUUCCCAAGUCAGCCUGCUACUCAAGCCAUUGCCCAAGUCAGGCUGCUAAUCAAACCAUUUCCCAAGUCAGGCUGCUUCUCAAGUCAUUUCCCAAGUCAGCCUGCUACUCAAUCCAGUUCCCAAGUCUGGCUGCUACUCAAUCCAUUUCCCAAGUCAGGCUGCUUCUCAAGUCAUUGCCCAAGUCAGCCUGCUACUCAAUCCAUUUCCCAAGUCUGGCUGCUACUCAAUCCAUUUCCAAAUUCAGGCUGUUACUCAAGCCAUUGCCCAAGUCAGGCUGCUACUCAAGUCAUUUCUCAAGUCAGGCUGCUAUUCAAGUCAUUGCCCAAGUCAGGCUGUUUCUCAAGUCAUUGCCCAAGUCAGGCUGCUACUCAAAUCAUUUCCCAAGUCAGGCUGCUACACAAGCCAUUUCCCAAGUCAGGCUGCUUCUCAAAUCAUUUCCCAAGUCAGGCUGCUACUCAAAUCAUUUCCCAAGUCAGGCUGCUACUCAAAUCCAUUUCCCAAGUCAGGCUGCUACACAAGCCAUUUCCCAAGUCAGGCUGCUUCUCAAAUCAUUUCCCAAGUCAGGCUGCUACUCAAAUCAUUUCCCAAGUCAGGAUGCUUCUCAAAUCAUUUCCCAAGUCAGGCCGUUACUCAAAUCAUUUCCCAAGUCAGGCUGCUACUCAAAUCCAUUUCCCAAGUCAGGCUGCUCCUCAAAUUAUUUCCCAAGUCAGGCUGCUCCUCAAGUCAUUGCCCAAGUCAGGCUGCUCCUCAAGUCAUUGCCCAAGUCAGGCUGCUCCUCAAGUCAUGCAGGACUUAUUAAGGCUCGCAAACAAGAAAUUAUUAUUUAUUUAAAAAUCAUCUUUUAAAAUUAGUUUUUUUAGUUUAAUGCUUGAUUCCCCCCCCCCCCCCCGUGACCCCAUUCGUAGGGUAGCAAACCAUUCAAUGAGAAUAAGGGAGUUAAACAGUACACAAUCUUUUUAAAAUGACGCUAGUCAAAUAUUUCUCAUAAAUUUGGUUCACAACUUAAUUCAUGGCGUGACGUAUGUUUUCAAUGACAAAAAAAAAAAAAAAUUAUAAUAAAAGAAAGAAUGUGAUGCUUAAUAACAAAUGGGAGGAAAAAACAGCAACUGUAAUCGGAAUAAACCACUGCCUGUGAUCUGUUUCAUUUUGGACAAAUCAUUAUUUAUUUCUGUGUAGACUGCAAUGUAAGUUACUUUUGAGAUAACGGGCUUUCAUUCGUACCGACCGGAAAGAAAAGGGGAAUGGAAAACAAUUAAUAAAUUGUAAUACCACAAUGGGUUAAGCCCCUUGCUGGCAAUAUUGCAACCAUGUAUGAAUUGUUUAUUGAUCACUAUCUACAGCCAUGUAUGAAUUGUUUAUUGAUCACUAUCUACAACCGUGUAUGAAUUGUUUAUUGAUCACUAUCUACAGCCAUGUAUGAAUUGUUUAUUGAUCACUAUCUACAACUAUGUAUGAAUUGUUUAUUGAUCACUAUCUACAACCGUGUAUGAAUUGUUUAUUGAUCACUAUCUACAGCCCGCAAAACAAUGGCGACCACAAUGCGUGAACUGCCAAUCUACUUAAUUUACUUUAAAAAAAAUUGCAUUCAAAUAAAGCAUUUUAAAGAUCCCCAAUUAGUACAAUCAUCCCCCUUUUACUCCUAUGCGGAAAUACAUUGUUAUAAAUUAUGCUUUACGUAAAAAAAACAUCUUCUUAAAAUAGUGACAUCCCGUAAUGCGAUGUGACAUUAUCCGUUCUUAGACAUGACAAACCCUUUUCUGAUUCCUUAGGUUAAUAUGAAAGCGGAAGCUGAACUACAUGAUAAAUCAUUUUACCAUUUUUAACAUUCAAAUUAUUCUUAUGGUCCAUUAUUUCAGGGGACAUCGGAUGUCGGUGGGCCAAAGAAGGUCUGGGACAUCGCCGAGAGGGGCGGGCGUUUUAACUUCUUUAAGUGAGUGUCUAAAAUGUCUCGUCAUUUUGACUCUACCACAAUGCCUUACAUACUUCUGCUGUUUAUUUUGAUUGAUGGCCAAUACAUUAAUGAGUGGCCAAAUUCAUUGAUAUAUAUAUAAAUAUUUUUUAAUACAUUUUUUUUAUUUCUACUGUUUUUUUUUUCAAUUGCAUCAUAUUCUCUAAAUCAGUAAUUCUCAAAUUAUUGCAAAUGUACCACUGGUGUGACCAUACUUUGUUCCAGGGGAAUUACCAGGGAGUUUAAACGCGUAACGAAACCAAUUAGGUCGGCAGCCAUCCAAUUUAAAUGAGACAAAUGUAAAUGCUGGUCAACUAGCUUUGCUAGUUUAUCCAAGUUUUACAUUACAAAAAGAAUAAGAACCCCCAUAGUCCAAGCUUAACCACGCUGCGAUAUAUGCUACACACCUACUUUCUUGCCUAAUUAAUUUUUUUGGUGUCUUUUUUUUCUAUCUCGCCCUUAGCUUUGACCCUGACCCCCGCACACGGCACACGUUCUGGUGUCUAUUUUCCGGCGCCGCCAUCCGGGGGUUCAGCCUCGGUUUCAACCAAAGCACCGUGCAGAGGAUCAGCAGCACCAGGACGCUGGCGGAGGCCAAGAGGAUGCUGACGAUCGUCGCCCCGUGCCUCGUGUUCUCGCUGUUCCUGGCCCAGUACGAAGGCAUCGUGGCGUUUUCGUAUUACACGGUCAAGAGAUGUGAUCCCUUUGAGUCCAAACAGAUAAACGACCCCAAUCAGGUGAGUGGUACAGUUGUUCAAACAAAUCAAAUACAGUAGCGGUACAGUUGGUUAAACAAAUCAAAUACAGUAGCGGUACAGUUGGUUAAACAAAUCAAAUACAGUAGCGGUACAGUUGGUCAAACAAAUCAAAUACAGUAGCGGUACAGUUCGUUAAACAAAUCAAAUACAGUGGCGUCACAGGGGACUAAAUGGCUGACGGGGGGGGGCAUUGGGUGGGCCCGCACCUAGUGACAUCCUCCCACGCGGGGGACAUCAAAUGGAAAGUUAAGAGUUGGCAGAGUUUGGUCCAAACGGUAAAAUCGUAGUUACACAAGAGCGAGUUGCCUAAAGAGCAGGGGCGUCAUCAGAGCUGGCAGACUUUAGGGAGGGUAUUGGAAAAGGGAGGGGGGGGGGGCUGAUACUAUGAGUUUACCCUACGUGCUAACUAAUGUUCCCUUUAAGGUUUGUUGGUUCGUGUGCAAAAUUAUACAGUUGUGUGCAAAGUUUUACAGCAUCAUUUUUGCGUGUGCAAAAUUUUACAGCCCACAAACUCAAACACACACUUACAUGGAAAUUUGCUGCGCGUAUACUCAAAACUGCUGGGCAGCGUCUGUGAGAUAGCUGCGCCGCCGCACAGCCGCGCAGCUUAAAGGGAAUAUUGAUGCUAAUACCAAACCAAGUGACGUCACUGCCAAAGUAGUUUUUUUUAAAACCCUUUUAAGAACAAAAACAACCAACCAUAAAUGUAAAUAUGAUAAGUUCAGAACUCAAACGACAUUAAUCAAAAGAGUCAUUCAACGUUAACAACGGCACUGAACUAUUUGACGCUCUGAUUUUGUAAAUAGCCAUCACCUUUAAUGAAAAUUUUUGGGGUUUAGGAAUAUGCUGUCAUGGCGUCAAUGAAAUUUUUCAUCGAAACUUAGUUCCCUUGCAGAAUUUUUUUUUGUGUACCCUUUCAGAUCAUUCCAUAUUUUGUGAUGGACAUUUUCGAAGGUCUGCCAGGUAUGCCUGGGCUUUUUUUGGCUUCGCUGUUCAGUGCUUCUUUGAGGUCAGUUCAUUUACUUAUAAAAUAAAUCAUUUUAAUGCAUGUUUUUAAAAAAAAAUAAGUUAAGGCAAACGGCAGACAUUUGCAUCACCACACCAAAACAUUGUUUAAAAAUUUUUUUUAAUAAAUUACUUCAUAAAUUGAUGUAUACUUUUUUUUGCUUCUCAUAAAAUCCUCUGAAUGUUUGUUUACCUUUCUAACGUUUCAUCCCUACACUAUGGAAGCAGAUUUGUCACUCUUAGAACACUAUCUUGACCGACUUGUCACUUUGUGUAGGCUACACUACGCCAACAGGCUUGUCACUGUGUGUAGGCUACGCCAAGGAUGAUCAUUACGAUGUCCUGGUAUUAACAAUAAGAAAUUGUUGAAGUGUUAAACAAUCCUACCUCUAAACCCCCCCCCCCCAACCCCUUUUUUCUCCACUUUUCUUUCACGCCCCUCUAGCACCCUGUCAUCAGGGCUCAGCAGUCUGUCCGCUCUAUUGUGGGCAGACAUCGUCCAGCCUUUGGUGGGACCACAUUUAUCGGAAACCAGGGCCACCAUCGUAGCCAAGGGCUCAGGUCUGUAUUGUAUUCGGUGAUGUCCUUGACGUGGCUGACCGUGGUGCCACCGUGGUGCCACCGUGGUACCACCGCGUCAUCCGGUUGUUUUAGUCAUUUGUAUUUGUUUACACAUAGGGGUUGGUUUACUUUUGUGCACUUGGAAAGGGGGGGGGAGGCUGGGUAUAUUUUGUGCAUUUGUAGGGGGGCUGGGUUUAUUUUGUGCACUCAUGUGGGUUAGUUUAUUUUUGUGCGCUCAGGUUGUUGAGUUUAUUGCUCUUUGCUGAGUGUUUUUUGUUGUUGUUUUGUUUCGUUAAAGCCUUUGUGAAUUGUGAUGGGUUGUUUUUUUUUUUACAAAUUAUUACUUUUUCAUUUUUUUCACUGUCCCGAUUACAUGGCAUCAAAGAAGCGACAAUUGAACCAAGCAUUUUUAAAUUGUUUACAUUCCAGUUGUGUUGUUCGGCAUCCUGGCCUGCGCGGUCGCCAUUUUAGUGGCUCAGAUCGGUGGGACUUUGACCCAGGUACGAGGUUGCGCUAAGAUCCAGUUGAAAUUUCGAAAAGUUCGAUUGCAUGAAACAAAAAAAUGUUCCUGUAACAAAAAGUUUAUGGAAGUGUGAAAAAAAAAAAGUAUGCUUUGCUAUAAAUAAUAUGGAAUAGCAUAAAAAGGUUUAAAAGUAUACACCGUUAAAAUCAUUAAACUUUAUAUCCCGUGCCAAGAUCGCCGGAAGCCUGGUGGCUGCGUUCAAUGGACCUUUGACAGGGCUCUUCUUCCUUGGAUCUUUCUUCCCCCGCGUAAAGGCGAAUGUGAGUGAAUUUUGGUCAUAUAUUUAAAUAGGAAAACAAUAAGAUACAGUCACUCAAAGAUCGGACUCAUUAGCCAUUCGAGAAUCAUACUGAUUAGUCAAUCAAGGACAGAACUCAUUGGUCAACUCAAAUGUCCGGACUCAAGAAGGUUAUUCAAGAAGAUGCAAAAAUGUUUCACACACGAUGAAGGAUGGAUACUAAUCAAUGAUGCCUCCAAAGGUUGUGGGGUUGGGGGGGGGGGGAUGGUGAAGAAGUUUAUUCUCCAGGUUCCCUCAUGAUGGGGCUAAACAAUUUAAGUUUUUUUUUAAAUAUGACAAAUAAUAAAUGAACACCUUAGAAAUUAUAACACUAUAAGACUACUAGUUUAAACAAAAUUGAAGAUCUAAUUUGCUGUGUAUGUCUGGAACUAACUGUGUUAGCAACAUAGAGAAACUCGUGGGACGGAUUUGUAUUUUCAGAAUGUGUAGUUCUCCCGACCUACACCCCCCCCCCCCCCCCAACCUUUAAUUUUUAGAAAACGACCAAACAAUCGAGCGAAGUCCUUUUGAUAGUUCUUAUUUUAAAGAUAAUCGAAAGAACCUCAAUCCAAAAAUUUAUUUUAAAAGACGCUGACAUCUCAAAGAUUAAUUAUAUUUAAAAACAUUCGUCAUUUUGGACGGGUAUCAAUCACUGCCAACCUCUUGUUUUUUUUCCCCAGGGGGCGCUGUUCGGUGGAGUCAUCGGCCUCGUCUUCUCAUUUUGGUUGUCUCUCGGCAUCGUGUUCUCUCCCUCGGUCAAACCAACCCCAUGGAUGUCCCCGGCGCCAACAGACAGCUGCCCGCUCAAUGGCGCCACGGGUGUCAACGUCAGUGAACUUUGGGGUAACGUGACCGUCGUCGGGGAUGGCUACAGCAACGUGUACAACUUCAGCAACUUGUCCUUGGACCAUUCCACGGUUGGCGUGUCACCACUGGACAGUCGCGGCGAACCGUAAGUUUGAAGGAAAAAAAAAACAAACAAAAAGCCCCACCUGUUUUAAACAAACUCGACUAUAUGAAUAUAUACGUCGACAUUUCGAUCUUCUAAUGUUUGGUUAAUCCCCCCCCCCCCCCGGCCUACUCCAAUUGUAAUUAACAGCGUAGUUUGAUUGAUUGAUUGAUUUGAUAGUUCUAUCGCGCUGGUAUCCAUGCCACUUUAACAUGCUCAGUGCGCUCUGGUCCUCCGAAAUCUAUUUAAACAAAAACAUUUUUAUUGUUUCUUAAAUGAUUUUUUAUUAUUUGCAAUUCCCCUCAAAGAUUGAGGCAAACUGUUCCAUAAUUUUGGCGCCAUCGCUUCAAAAGAGCGCACUCCGUAAUGAUUUUUUUCUGUGUUCAUCCACACUAUAAAUAGGAACACUCAGUAAGUGCUGUGCUGCAGACCACAAGCUCUUCAAGAACAUAUGUUUAUAAAUAAGUUCCUUGAGAUAUUCCGGUGCUGAGCCAUCUUUGCAGCUGUACGCCAGGGACAGAAUUUUGUAGUUAAUGUAGUGGAAUUAUUUUGAUACUGUAAGUGUGCGAAACGACCCCCAGGUGCUAAUCUACAGUGUUUCGCGACCCAGUUGAUUUUCAAUGAUGACACUGUUCUGCGCGGAUGCUCAAACAAAGAAACUGAUUUGGUUGUAAAUCAAUAAAUGUAUGGACACGAAUACGGCGUUUGUAACAAUGGUAUAUUCCUACAGGCUUUCAUGUGUUGCCAAGCGUAGAUCAAUAUAUAUAUAAUACAAUAAUGAUGCAAAGACAAAUACAGAAAAUAACUUUGAAUGAAAACUCAUCUACAAACUAUGAGUGUGAGCUCCUUUUAUUUUUAUUUUCGAAGUUGAAAAAAAUGUAUGUUACGGGUGGGCAGCAUACGGCCCACGGGCCACAUGCGGACCGCUGAAACGCUAAAGCCUUUUAAAAUUAAUAAUCACAGUGCCGAACUGUAGACACAUUAAGUUGGGUUUUUUUUUAAUGCCCAUCUGCUUAUUUUUCGAACUGAAUUCGGAGUAAAUUUUUUAAGCCCCUCUUCAAUGACGUAUAUUAAAAUUAGAGCUCUGAGUUCGUAGGAAAUCAUUGUAGUCCAGAGUCCAGACCAAAAAAUUAUUUUAAAAAAAAAGAAUUCCCUUGCCACUCUCUGCAUACACAGUUUUUCCGCCCUUAUUCUAUUCAAGGCUGUAAAUGGCGAUAAUGAAUCACAUACCAUUUAAUAAACUUUGGAUAUUCCCAUUCUUAUUAUAGGAAUGUGGAAUAAUUCAUUAAAAAAUAUCAUUUUUCAUUUUAAUAACUCAUAUGAAUUUUCGUCUGAACGAUGCGUUAAUUUAACCAAGCUUGACCCCAAAUGAAAGCUUCUGAUCUAUGAGGAAAGCGAUUUCUUUGUUUCUCUUUAUUAUUAUUUUAAUUUUAAUUUUAAUUUUUUUUUUUUUUUUGCAAGGGAAGGAAUUGAGAAAUUGUACACACUGUCUUACCAGUGGAUUGCGGUUCUUGGGACGUUGAGUACUGUUGUAUUAGCCUUGAUUUACAGUUUAUUCACUGGUGAGUCAUUGUCCCCAUGUCAAAUAGUUCUAUCCCCCUCACCCUUCCCCCCCCCCCACCAUUUUCAGCUGCAGCCUUUAAUAUAAGUCCAACAAUCCAUAAUUGAAUCUACGCGCCUUUCGCGGUAAACUAAAGAAAAUGAUAGGACCCAGAAUAGACAACGGUGAUGGACUCUUUAAAACAAACAAACAAAACCCAGCUAACAAUGUAAAUAUGGUUGUGCUUGGUAUGUGUCAUUAACAAAAAGCAUCACGGGGUAAGAUUGCUUUACACAGUGCUAGCAGGGCUGCCACACCUUGGGAAAUUUCCCAAGAUCUUGUGUGUGGGGGGGGGGGGGGGGAUUCCACACCCCCUUAAGGGCCAAAAACCACUUUAAAAAAAAAAAAAAUCACCAAAACCCUAAAAAAAACAACAACAAACUCUUAUAUAUAUUCAUGAUCUUGGGAAAUCUUGGGAAAUGUUUUGACCAAAUCUUGGGAAUUUAAAAAAAUUGAAUGGUAGCCCUGAGAGCUAGGAUGUAAUGUAACUGUUGAAAGGUAGAAGUGUAAUUCUAGAUGUCUCUUUACAUGGGUUGCUGUUCCACGAACACCCCCGGGCAGGCACUAACAAACCCGGUGACGUGGAUCCACGGUACCUGAUUGGCAUGUCGGGCACGUUCCUCAUCUGCUGGCCGAAAAAAAUACAAGAUUACGUCGGCAGUUUGGGACCUCAGUACAUCCGAGAGGAGUAUAAGGUCAGUAGGUGCGGAGGUCAUUGAACAAUUUACGCCUGACUUUAAACGUUUUUUUCUUUAAUGCCCAGAUCCCUGAAUUAAAAAAAAAAAGAUCCAGAUCCGCUCUUUGACGUCAUACAUCUUUCUCUUUUCUUUUUUUUACUUACCCCAGCUCAAAAGAAAAAAUCUUCUUUAAUGUAUUUUUCAGUCUUUACCAAUUCCUUCUUAUAAGGGAUUUUAAUUUAUGACAACGAAUGUCAGGCAUGAAACUGAAGUGAUAAAAUACAAUAAUAAUGCUAAGGAAUUCAAUUGACCGCUUUUUUAUAUAUAGAGAGAUUUAUGUUAUUUUUGGGGUAAAUACUAACAAGCAAGAAGUUAUUUCGGGUAUUUUUCGGGGGUUGGGGGGGGGGGGGGCCAAAACUUGACCGGCUUUUUUAGUUGUUUAUUUUUGGAGACCCCACAGAAAAGCAAUUUAAAUUAAAAAAUGCAACUUAAAAAAAGGGGAGGGGGUAAUACCCAAAUGACGUCACUGCUAAUAAGAUCUAAACUUCGUUUAUAGAGCGUAUAAAUUGUAUUAUAGCUUAUACCUUUAAACAAGAUAGUGUAGGUAAAAAAUGUUUUAGAGAUCUAUUUAUGUGUUUACAACCCCAUUCCAUCCAUCCCUGUUGUACUACAGCCAUGAAGGGCUUUGGCAUGCCUCGCCACAAUCCUUCCACUCAGACCACCCAUCCAUGUGUCCCUACAGCCUAUGUAGGGCUUUGGCCUGCGUCACCACAAUCCUUCCACUCAAACCUAACUGAUGAUUUUAUCUUCCAUCAUUCCCUACACAUCAAUUGAGCAAAUGGCUACAUCUAUAUACAACCUUCAUGUUUACAACCUCCGCCUUCAGACCAGGUUUCCUGAUCCCGCCAAAUUCUUCGAGUUGAAAGGUACAGAGCUGGAAGUCAAGGUGAUGAUGGACAACCGUACCCAAGACUACGACAACAUGACCAAUGGUCACCUUCUGCUGGACCAAAGUUUACUAUCGGACUCAGUAAAACCGGAACAAAAUGGAGGACACACAGACGAAUCACGUGACAGUCCUGACGACAGAUCGUCUAAAAUGAGACAGUGACUUUGGUUUGAAAUAGUCCUCAAAAAAAUGUUAUGACAUUGUAAUGUAUGAAAAAAAUACAUAUUUUUUGUUACUGAAUUAAUAUGCCUCUGAACUUAUAUGUUCCUAAAUUUAAAUGUAACUGACUUUAUUUCGUAACGAUUGUUCUUUAGUUAUUGAAUUUAUUGGUUACUGACUUGUUUUUUCCCUUAGUAAUUUUAAAAAAAAAAUAAUUAAAAAAUCAGUUUUCGUGUGUUCGUCUUUAAAUUCCAGAGCUCUUCCAACUAAAGGAUUUAUACAUUUCAAAUCUGUUGUUAACGUCGAUACGGUCCAAAAGCUGGACAAAAAAAAAAAUGGCAAUCGCCAUUUAGAGAUCACAUUUUUAGGAUACAAAAUUUAGUCCAGACGUUCAUAUUUUUAAUACUAUUAUUAGUUUGUAAGUUUUUCCAUGCGUCGCUUAUCCAACGAAUUGGUUAAACGUUUUUUAAAUUCUAAAAAAAUCCUUCAAUAGAAUGUUCUAGGUGAGCAAGAAAGUAGGGUGUACUGGUGAGUUCAAUAGCGCGCGAAAUAAUGAAAGCCCCGAUAACUGCGCUAAAAUGAGUCAUGCGAAUAGCCCAAAUGCGUUUGGUCGUUUUGUGCGAAAUAUUUCUUUUGUUUCGUGGUGAUAGUCUCCAUUUGAAUAUGGCAUAAUACGUCUACAGUGUAUAGCGGGGUGGGACAUAAGAAUAUGAACAGAGUUCAGGGGCGCGACGAAGGGCGUGGUGGCGUACCGUUGUCGGGGCGGCGUGGCACAAGUUGGGCUGGAGCUUCGCCUAAAGUGCUUUUCUUGAAUGCGUGUUUUAUCGAUUAGUUUUAGCAGACGUUUGACUGCGCGUGAUGACUGACGCUCAGCGCGCGCUGAAAGCAAAUUGAAAAAAAAAGCCAAUAAAAGCUAUUCACUGAAUCCUGGCGCGGUUGUUAAAUACCAAAUGAUGCUUUACAAAAUUAAAUAUAAACUUCUUAAAAAAAGACAUGGACUUAAAAACAGUUUAUGUAAUGCAUAAUUAAAUAAAGAAAGAUAAGGCAGAAAUAUUCAAACCAAGUUGUCUUGUUCGGGGGGCUUCUCAAUUUAAUACCUUAGGCCUUCUGUCAGGAUGUCUAAAUGUGACCUUCUAAGGAUUUGAACCGCGUACUUCUAGAAAGCUGAUUGAUACAA